AGGUGUAGCAGAGACAGAUACUCUGUCCGCACUGCAUUCAGUGAACUCCACGUGUCUGCCUCUGGACACAAGAGGAUGAAGCUGGUCGCUUUUUUAUGAUGCCCUGGUGUCGAGGAGGAGCUUUGCAAGCGUCUGCUUCCUGCUUGUAAAAGCAGAAACAGGUGGGACUGCGGGUUUUUGGCAGGCGAUGUGCAGAGGCUCUCCUGCUGCAAUGUAACAGAAAGUGACUGAACUUCAGCGCGGAGAGAGGCUGGUUCGAAAGCAAAGAAGGGGGAGGCUGCUGGAAAAUGCUGCGUCCUUUGCGUGCAAUGUGCAAAGCAGACAAGUGCUUGAAGUUGCAGAAUCCGGCACUGGCUAUACGCUCUCACCCCUCUCACUGCCCCCGUGCCGGGCUAACCUUCAGGCGCCUGCUGUCGCUCGGGUCCAUCCCUCCCAGCCCAGGGGCUGGAGAUGAUGAGGAAAGGGAAAGAUCCCAGCCGGGACAGGAGGCCGGAGCUGGCCAGGGUUGCCCAGGGUGGGCACGGACUCCCCCCCGGCCGGGCAGAGUAGCUCUGCCCCCUAGGAGACGCCCCCUGUCUCCGCUGGAAAGGGUCAGCCGCCUGAUCCCCCAUGAGAUGUUGGCCCAGGAGGUGAUGGAGCUGAGGGAGCAGCACCUGAACCAGGAACCGGGUGGAAGCAGCGGACCAAGAGGUGACAAUGCAGCACCUGUGCCAACUGCGCCUACAGGAUCGCCCACAGCUCCUGGGGGGAGCUGGCACCUGGCCCAGGAGGAGGCCCUUGGCCAGGAGGGAACCACUUGCCACCUGAGCCCCCCAGCCAAAGAAGUGCCCUUUAAAAUUGGGGACGUGGUCCUUGUAGAGUUUCGCAGGCGACGCCGCUUAGAGCUUCAAAAGAUGUUCAAUUUGAUGACAGGUGGGAAGUUGCACAGCAAGUGGGGCACACUUGCCCACCAGGAAAUCCUGGGAAAUCUCCCUGGCCAGGUAUUCAGGACUUCCACUGGCUUUGAGUUUAUCAUGAGGAGACCAUCCUUGGAGGAGUUUGUACUGCUGAUGAAGAGAGGACCAGCCAUUUCUUACCCAAAAGACAUCAGUGCCAUGUUGAUGAUGAUGGAUGUUAGUAGUGGGGACUGUGUUUUGGAGUCUGGUUCAGGAUCUGGAGCAAUGACACUGUUUUUGUCCCGAACAGUGGGAUCUUCUGGGCAUGUGUAUAGUUUUGAGGUGAGACCAGAUCACCACUGCAAUGCUAAAAGAAAUUACCAGCGCUGGCGGAAUGCCUGGGAAGUGGCCCGUGAAAAAGAAUGGCCAAAUAACGUUGACUUCAUUCAGAAAGAUAUUGUAUCUGCCGCUGACGAUAUCCAAGGAAAGAUGUUUGAUGCUAUUUCUCUGGAUAUGCUUAACCCACAACUUGCUUUACCUGUGAUCUACACACACCUCAAGCAAGGUGGGGUCUGUGCAGUAUAUUUAGCAAAUAUUACCCAGGUUGUCGAUCUAUUGGAAGGGAUACGCAGCUCCCGGUUACCCCUCUCUUGUGAGAAGAUCCUUGAGGUCAUUCAAAGGAAGUGGCUCGUUGCACCAGCUCUACGCAAGGACGGUAGCGUAGCACCCCGAGUGGAACCACAAAGGAACGUGUAUGAUGAGCUUGGAGAUGAAGAAGGAAGAGAUGCAACCAUGCUGGAGGAUGACGGUGAAGAGGAAGAUACCAAACCUUUUUGCACAAUACCUUAUAUUGCCAGACCCCAUCAUGAGCAAGUUUCUCACACAGCUUUCCUUGUAAAAUUAAGAAAAUUUAGACCUGCUUCUUUACAUUCUACUCCACAACAGGGAAAACAAUAACUUGGAUCUGUGGAAUAGUGAAGAUUGAACGUGUUGUAUGUACUGUAAAGUUCUAUUCUGUGCUAAAUCACUAUGAUAAAUAAAAUGAAGUGUAUUUUCACCUUUAUUCAUACAGCUUA